CGAGCUUUGGUUGGGCCAUAUGACGCGUUUGCAGAAUUUUCAAGUCUUCACUAGAACGUCGGAAAGUAUAUGUACUGGAAUGAACUAGACUGUACUAAUCAUACAGUAUCAAUGAAUUGUUCAAAAGAAAAUGGACAGUAGGAACGGUUCAACUUUUAAGCCAUGUGUUGGCAGCUGAGUAUGGGGGAUCGUGUUGAAUACAUUACUGAUACAUUUGGUACCGGAUCCGACAAAAAGCCUUCGACUCUGGAACGUGUCGGAUUAGAUGAUAUCGUUUGCCAUUCUGGCGGGGCAUCACCACGUGGGGGUUUACCAUAUGAAACCGAGCCAAAUUUACAGGUCAGUGAAGUCUGUAAACGGGGACGUGCAGACUGCUGCUCUGAGAAGAUCUCAAUAGCUCAAUCAAAGUUGCCCAUCGUUAUUCCUGAAACUCCUCCCAAAAACAACACAAAGGACCCCUGCCGGAAACAUUCAGCAGCAGCUCCACUAUCCCAAGGGCAUUUUGGGAGUUCACCAAGUGAAAACAGUUUGGGAUAUUCUGGUGCAGAAUAUGAUUCAGGUGCCCAAGACCUUUCCGAAGAACCACGGAGUCUACACCUACUACUUCGUUCUGAACACCCGGACUUGUACCACAUGUUUUUUCCGGCCCCGCCUCAGAGUGGUUCAGUUCCAACAAGUCAUUUGACCAGUCCAGCUCAUCAGGAUGUGCACGAAUCUAAGAAACAGAACCCCAAUCCCAUGUCUUCCGAAGGAUAUCACUCUGAACCUGCUGCGGUUAACUGGACGCAAGCCACUUCUGAAACCAGCAGCACUACUGAAGCGUCAACAUAUUCUCCAGACUUGGUCCGGCGCCUGUUUGAGUGUGCAAAUGUUGUACACAUGCAGCACACCGGAAGACUUCGCUCCGAAUUACUAGACUUGACCCAUCGACUGCAAGGUUUACAAGCAAGUCGAGACUUUGGACUUCGCGAAAUUCAGCGAGUCAAACGCGAACGCGACCAAAUUCGCAAUCAACUAGCCAACCAGGCAGCUCGGUACGAAGAUCGCCUGACUGAACUACACAGUGUAAUUGCCGAGUUGCGUCGUCGAUUACAACAUGUGGGUGUAAAUCUUAUUCGCGAAGUCGACGAGUUCCAGGAAGAAGACGAGGUUGAGGAAGUGGCGUCCACAGAACGUCAAGUUUUCAACUUCACUCAAAUCAAAAAGGCUCCAGAUUUUGAAAUUACUUCUCAAACCCCAACUCAUCUGCCUGUGCGCGAUUCCUCAGCCGACGGCGAAGACGCAUCCUCAGACGGCUCAACUGAUGGAGAUACGUCAAUAGGCGCGGUCGAUGGUGACCACUUGGACAGCGGAGAUAUUUCAAAAAGUCUACUUCAGAACACGGUUGAUUCAUUACAUCUUUCUCCAACAUCGCUGCCUCAUGACCAGUGUUGCCGUUUAUCUAAAAGUAUAUCACACCUCGAGAUCGCUGUCUCCAUGGAAAACCGCAACACGGUAGGUUAUACGGAAUACAUACAUUAUACUUCAUUAGAUGUGAUCCAUUGUAUAUUCGGUUCUUUCUUUCCUUCAUAUUGUGUCCACUUGGAAGUCCACUCUGACAGCCCAAUUCUUCUUUGUACAGCUAAGUGUAAACUGUAUGACGGUUUCGUCAGGUGCAAAUGCCAAGUGACAGAACCCGAUCCCAUGGACAGACCGUUUUCAGAUCUGGUGAUGGUUGUUUUGUCGUAUACGGACACAAUCUUUAGGUGCGUUUCUGUUUCAUUGCAGUCGACGAAUCUUCAUCUGUUUACAAAUGCCAAUAAUACUAACAGGGAUAAUGCCAGUGAUUUUGGCAACACCCACAUUCAGUGGAAUGGUGACAUUUCUUUAGUGAAGGUUACCGGCAGGUAUAUCGGUCCUGUCAUGUGCCCGCGUAUUUCUCCUUCUAUGUUGAAUUUUUGUUUGCAGUUUCGUAAGGUUGUCUGUUACUCGAUGAGGAUAUCUUUCAUAAGGUGUUCGGCAGCCUUACUUUGCUGUGUGAACGUGCUAUCCUGA